AGUAGCGCGAGAUGACGCCUCAAGGAGUCCAGCACACACGCGACACUCUGUGUGGAUACACUCUGGCGUUAUUUCCGCCUUUAUUGAAUUACUUUCUAAAACAGAUCAAAGUUUUAAGGAUUGAUUGAAAAGUGAUGUGGAUAGACGAGCCAGAUUUCUCUGCAGUUUAAUGCCAACAUAACGAUUGUAAACAUUUGUUUCCUAGUGCAGGAUAUCAAAAGUAAACAUUUAUUUAGAUUCAUUGCUGUGUUUGUGCGCUCGCGAGGUACUCCUAGUCUCGCCCUUCAAAGAAAGUUUCUAGAGUAUAGAUAAACUUCGACAUUUAGUAGCACGUAGAAACAACAGAAAUUGAGAAACAGUAAGAUUGAAUUAUAAUUGUCAAUAAACUAGCGUGUGCUCGCGACAACAUAAAAAACGCGAUCAAAACAUAUAAAAGUGAGUUUUAGCAACUCCUGGUUGGUACAAGUUUGUACGCGUUUAUUGGUUGUACAAAGAAAGAUUAUAGAUCUAGUCAUAUGGAACUACUAAGUUGAAAACUAAAUUAGACUGAUACUUGCAGUACAUAACACCAUCAGACUUAUUAGUUCUUUAUUGACAUUUUGUGUUGCGUUUUAAAGUUUUUUAAAAUUCUUAAUGAAGACUUGACAGAAUUCAAAAGGAAUAAUUGAACAAAGAAAAUGUUUUGAGGAAUGAAAGACGUUGUGUAAGCAGCAAGAUAUAUCAGUUCAUAUAGAGGCGACAUUUUUUUAAAUUCAAUAACAAGUCAAGAAAACCUAGCAAUAGCUACAUAAGGAAUAAAUAAGUCUUUUUGCUUAGCAUUUCCAAUCCAGCGGGCGGUCUAUAGCUUUGGCUUAACAACUUCAUCGCUCCAAUAGAAGAGCUUGAGGGUUUUGUUUGGAGUAUCGGCUGUAUUCCUGUGGACACAAGGUCUUACUACACUUGCAGCCCUCGGCCCAACAGAUGGGUAAGCGGCUUAGAUGACCAGGCCGGUAAUGAAACGUUAUCACGGAGAGAGGCGCCCCCUGUCUGGCUUAGUAAAGCCGGCAUUAGCCAGCAUGGUUAAACGUGACCAAAGAUCAGGAUGGUGUGGAGCCGGACAGGUCUUGCUGGUGCUCCUGGUUCUCUUCUCACAGACGGACUGUGUGAAGAAUAUCAACAAUGGUAUAGACGAGACUAUUAUGACGAUACGAGUGGUGAAAGGGUUAAUGGCGGUCUUGCCUUGCACCGUGUCUCCAGAUCUGACGGAAAAAUUAGCUGACCAAUAUAAGGUUGUAUGGGUCAGUCCUCUGGAGACACUGAUCAGUCUAGUAGAUCGUAGAAUCAUCAACGAUGACAGAAUGAGUAUUGAAAGGAACGUGCUGAAAGACUGGAACCUCCACAUUCGGAACGUCAGUCUGUCGGAUGCCGGCGUUUACAAAUGUCAAAUCAACACUAUCCCAGUCGGGACAAAGAAGGUCAUACUGGAGGUUCAAGAACCUCCUCGAAUCAUCGACCACACAUUCCCCAUUGAAGUAGAGCGACCAGAGGGUGAGGCAGUAGAUUUAUUUUGUAAUGCUACUGGUACACCCAAACCUGAAAUCUCUUGGUACAGGAUACACAAGAAAGCACAGUACCCUAGAGAACGAGUUGGAUCAGUUGGCGAGCUAUUGCAAAUAAAAAAUAUUUCCAAAAACUGUGCUGAUUACUACGAGUGUGUGGCUGAUAAUGGCGUCAGUCCAAACGCAAUACAGACUUUUAAAGUGACAGUAAUAUAUCCUCCGAUAGUGACCUUGUCCAAUGACAGAUUGAAUCAACACUUGGGUAAAGGCACGGCUCUGGAAUGUUACGUGAAUGCCUCACCCCAUGGAGAAGUGCGCUGGAUCCGUGCUGGACAAAAAAUCCCCAAUGACCCAAAUUAUGAGGUCACUCUCUAUGACGUCACAAACGAGCCGGAAACUCUUAUUUUUGGUCUCAAAAUUCUCAAACUCAACUCUCAAGACUACGGAGCUUACACCUGCGAAGCAACCAAUACUUUAGGGACUAGCAGUGCAACCAUGAUGCUAUAUGAACUGUCCACUACCACACAAGCACCGCCUACACCAGCCACCACAGUGUCCAACUACGACCACUUCAAGCCCUUUGCUAAUACAAAAGCAGACCAAAACAGUGAUACGUCUAAGGCAGGAGCUCUGUUGACAAGUCAGAAAGAUAAAAAGACUGUUCACACAGGGAGAGGUGACAACUCCUCCAACAGCAGCCAUACCUGGUCAUGGUGGUCAACGUGUUUUAUUCUAGCCAUAUAUCAUUUGGUCACAAGCUAAUAACAAGCUCAAUAGCCACACAGCAGUCAUCUUUUAGUUUAUGUGUGAUGUCCAGAUGAUACAUCCUUCAAAUAGCACCUUCAGGCAUCUUCUUCAAAUGACAUGUUCAGAUGACAUAUUCAUCAACAGUCAAUCUUCAAAUGACACGUUCAGAUGACAUAUUCAUCAACAGUCACUCUUCAAAUCUUAAAAGAUAUCAGUAAUACUGCGCUAUUUAUAAAGCACGCUAAAAGGUGUACUGUAUUUUGUAUACUUGCUUGCUGAUAAUAAAAUAAAUAUGUACAAUUUUCUUCUUAAACAUUAGUAUGAUAUACCCUGAGCUACAAUUUCAACUCCCCCCCCCCGCUCAUUUAGUCUAUUGCUGAGUGACUUGAGAGCAUGGACCAACAAAAGUCAUUCCAAAAGACUUGAUACCUGGACUGAACUUUCUUGGCUCAUUGCUUGAUUGACCAGAUGAGAAUGUUUGUUCUUUUAUUGUAAAGUUUACCAAUGAAACAUAGAGAUCAUUUACUUUAAUAAAAAAAAUAGAGAUCAAUAACUUAAAUAAAACAUAGAGAUCAUUAACUUUAAGUUGUACAGCCAGAUUGAAACAAAUACUUCUUGGAACUGGAAACGUUGUCUGUUAGAAUGUCCUGGUAGAAUGUCCGUUACAUACAAAAGGUCAUCCUAAACAGCCAGUAGACUAACACUGGUCUGGUACAGCUUUGUCUAAACUUUGUCAAAAUAUUACCUCCAUAUGUUUCAAGUAAAUGAACAAUAUACUCUCUAACAGACAAAAGUAUACUCUUCAAAACAGCAGUACAAUCUUAGACAGCACACCAGUAUACUCUUCAAAACAGCAGUACAAGCUUAGACAGCACAACAGUAUACUCUUCAAAAAUAGAAGUAUAAUCAUCAAAAACAGCAAUAUAAUCCUGGACAGCACACCAGUAUACUUCUCAAAACAGCAGUAUAAUCAUGGAUAGCACACCAGAUUUUCUUUUUUUUUUUUUGUGUGUGUUUAUUUUGCUAUUGAUUCUUUGAAAGCGUGUGGAUUACUUUGUUCUGUAGAUGAUAGAUUCAUUGGCUACUUGGAACAAAACAAACUGUACUAGAGCUGUGAUUGAAACUUACAUUUUCAUUCCUAUAGAUUUGAUCCUACCGUAUGAAAUAAAUCUGUGUCUGGUAUGAAAUAAAUCUGUGUCUGAAUCGUGUCAUGAAUAUGUUAAUGCUAUUAAUAACUAUUCACAAGUAUUUGCUCUUCAAGUCAAGUCUCUGGUUUGUUCGUGUUAGUUAACUAGUUACUAGACACUUCAAUAGAAGGAAGAUCUACUCAAAAAGAAACCUGAAGUAUCCGCUGUAGACUAUGACAUUGAUGCCUCAUAUAGUGUCUUGAAAUGUCUGAGUUCAGUGGCGGCCCUAGCGAUUGCGAGGAAUGCGGACCGGAACAGGUGACAGGUUAAUACCAAUACUAGAAUGUUGAUUUCUGGUGACAGUGUACAACUAUUGGUAGGCUACAAACGAUUGAUGUCUAGUUCCAAGUCAGACAAAAGCUUUUGUUCCAAAUGACUCAGAUGGUUUAAGAGGGAAGUAUUCCAAAGAAAUGUCGCUACCGUUGAAGUUUGUCAACAGUUUAAAAUAAAAAGGCCUGUCUUCGAGUCCGAAGAUUAGUGAGGAAUGCAGUAUUUCCGGUGGCCCCAGUAUUUUAAGUUGUCAAGAUAAUGUCAGAAAAAAAAAUUUCAUUGACUAGUAGAUAGAAAUAAAAACUUGGAUUUCGAUAGCAUGAACUAAAUGAAACAAAAUCUACUUUUUUUUUUAAACAUGUUGCCAUUAUAUCUAGUUGUAUUGAACUCUAUCAUUAUAUAUAUAUCUUAUAUUACACAAACUAUUAUCUGAAAUGCGUCCAUGUCCAUUUCAUGUAUUCAUGUCAAUGUCAUCUACUAUGUCUACUAUUGUACAGCAUAAACCAUUGACUAUUUCAAUGUGUCUGUCUUCAGUCUUGUGUGUAGAAAGAGUUUGUGGAGUGAGAGCUGAGUUCAAUGACUUGUUUAUCUCUUGUGUUCUCAUUAGUGUGAUGGCUUCAUGUGUGCUGGAGACUGAUCAGAUUUAGUAAGACUCUCCUUAGGUUGAAAUCAAUUUAAUAUUUCUAAUGAUUCUGAGAGCUGGGAAAUGGAGAGACGUGUAAAUGUUGUGUAGCACUGUUCUGAAUGAAUUGUGUAGCACUGUUCUGAAUGAAUUGUGUAGCACUGUUCUGAAUGAAUUGUGUAGCACUGUUCUGAAUGAAUUGUGUAGCAUUGUUCUAAAUGAAUUGUGUAGCACUGUUCUGAAUGAAUUGUGUAGCACUGUUCUAAAUGAAUUGAUCACUGAGACAUUCUUGUACAUACUAUGUUUGUAUUUUCUAUCUCACUUUGUUUUAUCUCUUUCAUUUGUUUGUAGAUGACAAUUUAAAAAAAAAACAACGUAUUUGUCAUGUUAGAAUUCAAACGACGUCUAUAUUGAAAUAAAGUCAAACAUUCACAAA